GGCUAUCGCUGUUUCUAUUGGUCGACAUUUCACUCCUGCGUACUACACGCGAGAGAUUGAGAAGAGCCCAUGCAGUCGCGAGAAAUCCUACAAUUGGAGCGGAAGUGCGAGUCGAGAUAUUGAAGCGUCUCCUUCUUGGACAAUUUUGACGGAAGGAAUUUGCGCGAGCGAGCUUGGCCCGAUUACGGCUCCGUUGCAAUAUGGUCGUGUUAUCGUACGCGCGACCGCCGUUUCCGAACCAUCGUACACGUGGAUCGCACAUCGCCGUCAAUCACACGGCGUUCGCGAUACUGAUGUACACGCUGUUGGCGAAAGAUGACAGGAGGGUUUCCUUGACUCAUCACUAUGCCAAUGAUAUAAAUUAUUACGAUGAAACAAUUAACAGCGAAAAUAUAAAUCUGCUGGAAAAAUUUUAUUUAAUCACCGAACGGAAGUGGCAUAAGGACACAGUGGUGUUCAUUUCCUUAUUGCCAUUUACAAAGGGAAUGCCUGCGAGAUCUCAUCACAAGAUCCAACAGUCCGUGACGGGACUGGAUGAUGUUGGAAUGGAUCUCCAAAUGGCUCAGCUUAGUAGUCAAACAGACAAGGAGGUGCAUACUAGGACGACUUUAUCAUGGCUAGACUGGCAAUUGCCUUUCUUUGUAACGCUUUGUGCCAUCGCUGGCACUAUCUUUUUUACAUUUUUAAUCUUGUUAUGGCUGCGGAAACAAAUGUCGCGUGAAAAAGAUAGCGAAGAUGGUGAUCGGCAUGGCCUGGUAGAGGAAGGUGCCAUUUGUCAGUCGGACAAGUUAACCAAAGACGUGAAAGAAUCUGUGGAAGCCAAAUGGGUUCACGAAGCACUCACGAAGCCGCCUGCAUCUACGCACUCUAUACGAUCAAUUCCUCAAACAUCAGGUUUACCGGAGGUAAUGUCCCUGGCGACACCUGAACGUAGACCGGAAGCGAUACGUAUAAAGGCGAAGGGAUUGCUGGAACGGCGUGGGUCAAGCACGAGUUUAACCAUAGAAUUAGCACAAGCUCCCGAGAGUCCACCACAUGUGGUCACACCUACACGAGAAUGUACAGCGGAGGAAUUCUUACUCAGCGCAGGAAACGUGCUGUCGAGAGCUCAGCUUAAAAGAGCUGUUAAUAAUCCGACAGCGUUGCACAAGGAGUUUUGGGAAGUGCCGUUAAAUCUACCGGAGAAAGUGGAAAUUAGCGGCUCAGGAGUGAAGAACCGAUACUGUACUGUUUUGCCGAAUCCGCAAUCGAGAGUAAUUCUACCAGGUUCUUCCGAUGAUCCUCUCACAGGCUACAUAAAUGCUAAUCAUAUUCGAGGAUACGACGGCGAGGAUGGUAGAUACAUCGCGACGCAAGGACCAUUAGCUCACACGGUAGCAGAUUUCUGGAAAAUGAUUUGGGCGGAAAGAGUUCCUGUAGUUGUUAUGAUAACCAGACUACACGAAGCAUCUAAAACGAAAUGCGAUGCGUACUUUCCCUUUGACAUGAAUAGUCGCAUACAAGCUGGACCGUUUACCGUAAUCGUCAACUAUGUCGACACGAGGGACGGGUAUACCGUCAGAACUAUGGAGAUCAGGCACGAGGAAGAAAGACGACAUUUGCAGCACUACUGGUACGAUUCAUGGCCAGACCACGCCGUACCUCAAGCCGCGGAUGCACUUGUCAGUAUGGCCGCGGAGGUAAACUCUUUGCCAGGACCAGUGGUCGUCCACUGCAGCGCGGGUAUAGGACGAACUGGAUGUUUCAUAGCAUUAGCGAUAGGAAUGAUUCAACUUGUCAGGGAUGGAAAUGUCGACGUAUUGGGUAUUCUGUGUCAGAUGAGAUACGACAGAGGAGGAAUGGUACAAACGGCUGAACAAUACGAGUUUGUUCAUCGUGCACUUUAUCUUUUCGAGCAGACGCUAGACAGCAAAUCGUCGACGUCGAAUGAUUGAACGGAUUUUAUUCUAGGAAACUAUCUUUUUCUCUCUUGAAAGAGGACUUGUUGCCUAUGAGAGUGUCACUUCGCCCAAGAUGUGCAUGCGUAUCUGCCGCAAAAGCGAUAACUUCUAAUGAAUCUCAAUCUCAGCCCGUGAACCGGCGCUCCUCAUCUUUAUCUCAACAUUCAGACGAGUCAAAACUCGUUUAAUAAGCUGCCAUUUACUACUGCCAUGACAAAUCGUUGACAAUUAAUAUCAAUCACAAAGCUAAAAAGGAAAAGAAAUCGGGUUUCACCGCGUUGGAGUGCAUUUUCUAGGCAGGUGCUUUCUAAAACUGAAGAAUUACGAAUAGCUAACGGAGAGACCGUUUACGUUUAUAAUGACGCGCGAUAUGAAUCGAUAUGUAUGUCUAAGUCGAGAUCGGAUUAUUUUAUAUAAGUUACGAAAAGAGUUAUAAAAAGAUAAAACUUUAGACACAGUGAUUUAAGUGUAUUCGCGAUUCGUAAAACAUUUAUAUUAUCUAUUUGAAGAUCAGUUUCUAAACUUGGAAAAUUUAAUUAAUCAUACAUUCCUCGUGUGUUAUAAAAUAGCUAAUAAGUUCGGAUAAAAUUUCAAACAAAAUGUAUAGAAACACUUUCGCGACUGUAACAACUGUAAUAACAAUAUUCUUCGCUAUAGCG